GCGAGGGUACACACCGGGCUGGAUAUUUUUAGGGAGGGAGGAGGUGUGGCUGGUUAUCUGCCCCGUGGGCAGUCUGGCUAGGAGGGGGCAGGCGGGGAGGAGGGGGGAAGAGGCAGCGGGGUGACUUCCACCCGCACCCCCCUGCCCGGCCGACCCGUGACUAAUUUAGGCAAAAGACAGCGUGGAGCUAUUUCCAUCCAGUGGGAACAGGUGCGGCGCCCCCAGCGCUCCCCGCCCAACACUUCAUCGCGCAGCCGGCCGCGCUCCCCAUAGGCCGUGGGCCGCCUCCCUGGGGGCGGCCUCCGGGCUGCUCCAGCCUAUAAAGGCGCAGGGUUUUCUCAAUGAAGCCGGGACGCACUGCGGGGUCGGGCCCAGCCGGGUACCAGGGAGUCGGGAGUUGGCCUGCCAACAGCGGUCCCCGCCGCCCCUCCGCGCAGAGAUGAAGUACAUUGUGGGCAUCGGAGGCAUGACCAACGGCGGCAAGACCACACUGACCAACAGCCUCCUUAAGUCACUGCCCAACUGCUGUGUGAUCCACCAGGAUGACUUCUUCAAGCCCCAAGACCAAAUAGCAGUUGGGGAGGACGGCUUCAAACAGUGGGACGUGCUGGAGUCCCUGGACAUGGAGGCCAUGCUGAGCACCGUGCAGGCCUGGAUGAGCAGCCCCCGGAAGUUCGCCCGUGCCCACGGGGUCAGUGUCCAGCUGGACGCCUCAGACACCCACAUCCUCAUCCUGGAAGGCUUCCUUCUCUACAGCUACAAUACUCGACGCUACAUGGUCCCCGACCCCCCCGGCCUCUUCGACGGCCACGUGUGGCCUAUGUACCAGAAGUAUAAGCGGGAGAUGGAGGCCAAUGGCGUGGAAGUGGUGUACCUGGACGGCAUGAAGUCCCGUGAGGAGCUCUUCCACCAAGUCCUGGAAGACAUUCAGAACUCGCUUCUGAACCGCUCCUAGGUGUGGCUGGAGAGGAGGGGCCCAGCCCCCAAUGCAGGGACCCAGACACAAUUCCGGCCACAGUACGGCCAGGCUGGCGGCAUCCCAGCCAGACACUGCGUGACCAUUUCCCUUUGGGGAAGUCUGUACAUAUGAGAGUGGAGGCCCCACUCACAGCCCAGCAUCUCAGGGCCCAGGCAUUCUGUCCCGAGAUGCUUCUGUAACCUCGAUGGCGGCUUACGUACUAAACCUGAUCCUGUUUUUUAAUCGUUGGGGUUCAGCCUGUUGUGUUCGAGGUGCUGAGAGGGACCCUCCUUGGUGCAUUGGUGGCAUCGGGGGGGGGGGGCGACACCGAGGGCUCUGGGCAGUUACAGUCUCCACCUGUUGGAUCCAUGGCAAUGUGACCCUGGGUGGCUGCUUGAGGGUCUUUGGGUCUAGCUUCCUCAAAAGGGAGACUUCCUGCCAGCUUUCAGAAAACAGCGCAGCAUGGCCCAGAGCAGGGGCUGGGAGGUCAGCCAAGCCUGAGGGUGCCCCUGACUCUUAGCUGAGCCCCGCUGUCACUGCACCCCGGCGCCUCCUCCGUGACUGGAGCUGACACCCACUUCUCAUGACCCAGGAUGCUCGUAAGGACACACUCCCUGUCCCAGGAACCACAUCUCCCUGAGCCUUCCCUAGAAUGUUGGUGAGGCAGUUUAUCAUAUACACCCAUUUCACAGAUGGGAAGACUGAGGCUCAGAUAUGGUCAGUGGCUUGGGAGCUGGUAUUUGAACUCAGGUCUCCUCAGACCCUGUUCUUUUCGCCCAAGGGAGUUUGGAAGGCUCCCGUGGAGCCUGAAGACAGGGCGGGGAGGGGGAGGGUGGACGGAGUAGGGGCAGACAGGAGGAGGACAGGGUACCCCUUGACCUGAGGGUGAUACCCCAGGGCCAGCCGUGGAACUGUAGCCACCCACCCCACUCAGUCCAGAAGGGCAGGAAAAACCUGAAGUGUAGACAGUUUUGGACAAAGCCAUUGAACAUUUGGAAAUUAUGGGGGAAAAAAAAAAACAAUUACCAAUUAGCAAUUCCACUCCUAGAGAAGAUAACCAAAAGGAUUGAAAACAGGUGUUCAAACAAAAACUUGUACAUGAAUGAUUCAAAGUAGCACUAUUCACAGUAGCCAAAAGGUGAGAACAACCUAAAAAGUCCAUCAAAUGAUGGAUGGAUAAACAAAACGUGGUCCAUCCACACACGGCCUUAGGAAGAAGGAAAGUCUGACACUCAGUACAACAUGGAUGAACCUUGAGGACAUGAUGCCCAGUAAAAUAAGCCAGACACAGAAGGACAAAUACUGUCUGAUUCCACGUAUAUGAAAUGUCCAGAACCGGCAAAUCGACAGAGAUAGAAAGUAGACUCAUGGUUGCCAGGGGCUGGGCUUCGGGGGAAGGCGGGGUGCGGGAGUGACUGAUGAUAGGGACAAGGUUUCUUUUUGGGGUGAUGGAAUGUUCUGGAAUUAGAGGUGAUGGAUGGUUGCACAACGUUGUGAAUGCACCAACUGUCACUGAAUUGUUCACUUAAAAUGAUUAAUUGUAUGUUAUGGAAAUUUCACCUCAAUAAAAAGAAAAGGAAGGGAUGCAGGGAGGGAGGAUCAGGGCACAGGGGCAGUGAGGGUUCCGUGUGCUUUCAUGUUUGUCGGUGGCAAGAAGGCUGUGGGGCGAGGAGUGUGGGUGUCCAGAACCCUGCCCCUCACUUGCCACACAACACUCCCACUGUCCUCUGAGCUUUCUGCAGUGGCAUCCAUGGAGUGGGGUCUCCGUGUGCCCCAAGGCUCCCUGCCCUUCACCACAGAACGGGCUGGGCAGCAGGUCGGCGCUACACGUCCUGUCCUGCCCUGGACUCGGGGUCCCAGGCUCCUGGGAAACUGCUCACUUCCUGUGCCCCAGCUGCGGGGAGCCUCCUACUCAGCUGCUGUCCCUUCUAAACACAGCCUUCCUGCCAACAGAAAUCACCUAGCGGUGCAAUCACCACUGCCCUUUGCCCCUGUGGCCUCACAAUACACCACAGAGCAAAACACAAAGGAGAGAGUGGUAAGCAGAUGGACAGAUGGACGGCAGCAGAGCCGGGAGGCCCCGCUGGGCCUGGGGCUCAUCCCUGGCACUAGCUUC